AUGAAAUAUAAGGUUCGUCUUGUGGCGAAAGGUAAUCAUCAAAUGGAAGGUAUCAGUUUUGAUCAAGUUUUUGCACCAGUGAUCAAGCUUCCUACAAUUCGAAUUAUUUUAACCAUUGUUCUAUUUUAUAAAUGGCAAAUUAAACAACUAGAUUUUAACAAUGCAUUUCUUAAUGGUGACUUAACUGAGCUUGUUUACAUGAAGCAACCCCCUAGUUUUCAACAAGGUGAUAAUCUACAGGUUUGUCAAUUACAUAAAUCACUCUAUGGUUUAAAGCAAGCACCUAAAUCUUGGUUUCUCAAGCUUGCUGCCACUUUGGCCAAAUUUGGGUUCACUAAGACACGGUCUAAUCAUUGUCUAUUUAUGAAACACUCAGGUGAUCUUAAACUUUACAUAUUAGUCUAUGUUGAUGAUAUAUUGAUAACUGGAAAUGACUCUCAGGAUAUUCAAAGUAUUUGGUGGGGUGAGAUGGAGAGUGAUUCGGAAGAUAGCUCAGAGUUCUCUGGGCAGUGGAUUGACGGAUGGAGCACAAGAUCGGAGGAUGACAAAUGUGAGAGAAUAGGGACAGAGUCAAGACAACCAGAGAAAGUCAAUAUGACAUCAUUGGAUACUGAAAAAACUAGUAGGGUAGCAGAUGAUGCGAAAGCACAGGAAUCUAGUCCGUCGAUGGUGAGGUCAAAUGAAGAACCUAAUAGUUCUAAUCGCUUCGUGGCAGGGGUAACUGUGGAAGAUCUGGCACUUGCUGAAUUCGAUUCAGUUGAGGAGGCACAUGCAAGGUAUAUGGAAUAUGCACGAGUUACCGGGUUUGCGAUUCGAAAGGGAGAUUCGGAAAAAGAUAAAGAAGGUAAUAUUGUGAGGAAAUUUUUCUUCUGCAAUAGAGAAGGAUUGCGUGAUAAGAAACAUUUUGAGAGGAUUGAUAGACAGCGUGCACACAAACCAAUUACACGAACCAAUUGUAAUGCGAAGUUUGUGGUUCAUCUAGCCAAGGGGUGCGGUAAGUGA